CGCAUUACGCACACUUCAUCCCUCCACCAACAGCUAUGGGAAAAACAAUGUUAGCUUUGCGGUAGAAUUAAGAAUCCGUGUGAAUUAACAUAAAAGAGGAAUGUUCAUGUCGCCUUACGUCAUUUAACCAACUUUUAGAUGUUUGUAUGAACGACUUGUGAAAGUUGCUGUUCUGACGCGCAGGGAGCUAACUUGUGGGAUUAGUUUGCAUGCAGUCUGACAGCGGAGGCUGACUGCGGUGGGAUGGGCUGUGAGGUGUUCAAGAUGGCGGCGCCCUGUGGAGUGCAUCUACUCUAACAGAGGUGCCUGGAGACUGUAUUGGUGGGUGGGCCCCAGGAGUCCUCCAGGCAAGCAGGGACGGACACUGUGAGAGAGACGAGGCCUCCACCUCCAGCACUGCCACCACCAUGGCCAGGGAGCAGCCCAAUGUGGGGGAUCUACUCCCACUCCUGGAGACCUCCGACCUCCACCAGCUAGAAGAGAUCCGAGGCCUUAUCAAUGAGCAGCUCAGCACUGAGCGAGGUUCCAUGCUGCUGAACGGGCUGGUGGAUUACUUUUUGGAAACCAACUCCAGCCAGGCCAUGCAUAUCCUCUGUUCUGUCAGAGAGCCACAUGAUAAGCACCUUCUAGACAAAAUGAACGACUGUAUGACCAAACAGGCCUGCCGGCUGCCCACCCUCACACUGCUUGGCAAUGUAGUCCGCAAGCAGCCGUCCUGGAUCCACAAGAUCGCUCGCUACCCACUGCUGCUCUCGUUGCUGAAAUGCCUGAAGACGGAUACAGAUGUAGUAGUGCUCAUCACUGGAGUUCUGGUGCUGAUCACACUGCUGCCCAUGAUCCCUCAAGCUGGGAAGCAACACCUGUUGGAGUACUUCGAUAUCUUUGGCCGUCUGGCAUCUUGGAAUCUGAAGAAUCCAGGGCAUGUUUCAGAGGUUUACCUUAUCCACCUGCACGCCAGCGUCUACUCCCUCUUCCACAGGCUGUACGGCAUGUAUCCAUGCAACUUUGUGUCCUACCUACGCUCCCAUUACAGCAUGAAGGAGAACAUGGAAACAUUUGAGGAGGUAGUAAAGCCGAUGCUUGAACAUGUCCGUAUACACCCCGAACUGGUGACAGGUACUAAAGACCAUGAACUUGACCCCACCAGGUGGAAAAAGUAUGAAAUCCACGAUAUCGUCAUUGAAUGUGCCAAAGUGUCUCUAGACCCUAAGGAGGCGUCCUGUGAGGAGGGCUACGCCACCAUGCCUGAGAAUUUUUACCCCCAAGUCCACCUGCGACCACAAGACUGCACUUCAAGCCCAUACACAGACCUCCAGAGCAGCUAUGGAAGCUCCUCUUCGACCCCGUUCUCAACUCCACGUCAGCCAUUACCCCCACCCCUGUCCUUACAUACCUUUUCAGGGACACAGACCUCCUACCGCAGCCCACAGACCUCCAGACGGCAGAACUCCACCUGUGAACUAAAUUCUUCCUGUGGCGGGAAGGACCCUCUGUGGAGCCCCUCCUCUUUGUGUGGCAUGGCUACACCCCCUUCUUCAAGGGGCAUGUCGCCCAACUUGGAGCUCUCUCACAGUGCCUCACACCUUCCCAGCCGCUUCCACUGCACAUCAGGAGGGAAAGGAACGCCUGCUUCCAGCACUCCAACCACCUCCUCCCCACCUCCUACCCUAUCAGAUGACUUCCCCAUAAUCUCUUUACCAGCCAACACAGUUCAGUCCAGUCCACCAAGAAAAGAUCGUCGGCAAGGAGAAACCAAUAAGCCUGCAUUGGUGAGACAAGAGCCAGUUAGAGACUCGGAGAAGAGUGCAGAGGCAGUUACAAACAGAGACACAAAAACUGCUGAGAACGUCUCCAUGACGUUGAUGGAGCUGUCAAAUUUUAUGAAGAAGCAGGAGCUGGACCUUCAGCUGAGAACAGAAAAGGAAAAGGAAGAAGCUGCCAUCACUGAGGAGCUGCUGAAACUUACUGAAGAUAAGCAGGAGCCAUUGGGGGUGAGGGGCAUUGACUCCCCUUUCUGUCAUACCACUGAGACUCUGACUGGCUGCCAGGCACAAGACAAGGUCCUCAGCAACACCCAGCCUGGAGGCCCCAUCCGAGAAACCCACCAUGCUGUGUCCACACCAGACAAAGCUGAGAACACGGCAGGCAGCAGCGGUGUUGGAACCGAAAAAGGAGGAGCGGGAGGAGAUAGCAGGGGUUUGGCGCUGGAACAGUCGUGGACCUUCCAGUCUCAUUUUACUCCCAUUGGUCCCCAUUUGCAUCGAAGCCCCUCCGCCCCAGAUGAAGAGGUGGGCAAGUUUGGGAUGCUCUCCCCGAGCCCGUGCAGCAAUAUGCCAGCCCCGGUGCCCUAUGAGUCAUUUUUUGAUCUGGCCUUGCCGAGAGCCGCCUCUCUUUUUGUGGGCCAAAAGACGUCGGAGGCAGUGCACAAGAUUGCGAUGGAAAGGCUGCUGCAGCGAGAGGAGGGUCUGGAGGACGGGGAGGAGGAAGGUGUCGUGUCUGCUUCACCACUGGAGGUGCUGGAUCGCCUUGUUCAGCAGGGAAGUGACGUCCAUGAUAAAGUUCUCAAGAGAUUACCGUUGCCAAGUAAAUCAGCUGACUGGACACAUUUUGGAGGCUCAGCUCCGCUGGACGAGCUUCACACAUUGCGCAGCCAGCUGCUCCUGCUGCACAACCAGCUGCUGUAUGAGCGCUACAAGAGGGAGCAACACGCCGUCCGCAACCGACGCCUCCUCCGACGCAUCAUCAACGCCACUGCGCUGGAGGAGCAGAACAAUGCUAUGAAGGAUCAGUUGAACCUGCAGAGCGUAGACAUAACGUCUCUGCGGGAAAGCCUGCAGGUGGAGCAGCAGCGGUACCGGCAGCUGUGGGAUGACCGUGAGACGAUGGUGACACGGCUGCAUAGUCAGAUCAGACAACUGCAACAGGGUCGGGACGACUACUACACCAAGAACCAGGAGCUUCAGAGCAAGUUACAGGAGUGUCAGAAAAGGAUGGAUGAACUGGAGGCAGAGCUUCAGAGGGCCAAUAACAAAGUGUGCCACACUGGUCACCUACUCAACCAGAUGACUGUCAAGCUGAGCAACAGCGAGAGUACCCAGCAGCAGAUGAGCUUCCUGAACAAGCAGCUGCUGCUCCUCGGGGAGGCACAUAAGCUGUCCAUGCAGGAAUUACAGCACACAGGCACGGAUAAUACAAAGGAGGCCGUCAUGCUGCAGGUGUCUCAUACGAAGGAGGUGGAGACACUAAGACAAAGUCUGCUGGUUCAAGGGCAGAAGCUGGAGGCUGCACAGCAGAGAAGUGCUGAGUUGGAGAUUCAGCUCUCUAAAAAGGAGCACCUCAUUGCAGAACAAAAGAAGUUCCUCGAAGAUGUAAAAUGUCAAGCAAAGACAGAGUUGCAGGCAUCAGACAGCAGAUAUCAGGCUCAGAGGAGAAUCACUCAACUGCUGCAGACUGAACUCCUGCAGCUCUACAGCCGAGUAGAAAUGGAGGCUCCAGCCAGCAGCAGCACCACCACCGGCUCACCUCCAGGAGGCAGAGCGGACACACUUACUCCUGCAGACUCCAGUGUCACGGUUCCAGAUGGACCAGGUAGAGUUCACACCAUCGAGGAGAUGGACAGCAGAUUGCCACAUGACUCCCCUCGGGGGAACGGCAGCACUUUAUUGCCUCUCCAACCAAAGGCGACCAAGACUUCCCAGUCAACAGCCAACUCCAUCAACGGAGGCCAGGACCUGACCCCGCCCCUGCUGGUGGAGCCUACCUCGUCCUGUCCCCACACCAACCCGCUUACACCCCUGCCUGUGUCUGACGCGCCUCUCACCGUGGGCUCCUAUCCCAGUGCCAAGAGCUUCCUGGGUAUGAGAGCACGUGAGCUUUUCCGCAAUAAGAGCGAGAGCCAGUGUGACGAGGAGGAACCCCCACCGCGCCUGGCGGGCCUCGCCCACAGCCUGAAGACUGAGCUCUGUGUGGAGCCGCCUUGUCAGGGUUAUAUCGCCACCAUCGGUCCUCCACCUUCCCCCAUCCCCCCCUCCCCUCCUGCCACAGCCUCUGUCCCAGCCACUCCUCUCACUGUGCCCACCAUCGAGCACCCGUCUGAGCCCAAGAAGCGGGCCUCCAGCCAGGAAAGCCCCCGCAGAAAAGCGGGAAUGGGACAGGGCGGAGGCAGGGGACAGGCGGGGUCGGGCCGCCCCCGGCAGCAGCAGCUAAAGAUUAUGGACUAUAAUGAAACGCAUCAUGAGCACAGUUAAGGACACAAGACUGAGCCGGGGUGGAGGAUCAAACGAAAGGAGAGAUUGAAGUUUAACCAUGGAGAAAGGCUACAAAUUAUCAACAAAAGUAACACGUCAGCAACUCUUUGGAAUUCAGUGUUAUUUGUCCCAUUCUUCUAAGUGGACAACAGGAUUUCCCCCAAAUUUCUCUGCUUUGUGUUUUCUUCUUCAGAACGAUUUCAUCACCCUGAAGAAAUCUGAAAAUGCAGCAGACACAAAGUUGAUGUGUUACCAGUUAAACAUGCAAGACAUUUAAGACUGCUGAAAGAUGAACUGAGAGGGUGUCAGUGAGCUAUUAAAAACCUACAUGUGAAACAGCAAGUCUCAUGUUUACAUGGUCAGUUAACCCCAAAUUUUAAAA